AUGUUUGCAAGAGUUUCCGUAGGUUUCAAUCGGAUACAAAAAUCUUAUAUGUACCCCUCCCCCGAUGGGAAAUAGACAGAUGUAAAUAAAGAUGGCGGCAAACAGUGGAGUGACUAUCAGUUGACAUUUUUCCCAUUUUCUCCAAGUGCAUCGUGUAAAACGUCCCUACUUUAGACAUGACUUCAUGAUAAUGAUUAUUGAAAGCAAGAACAGAAGCUUUUACGUGCAGGUUGUUUCACAAAAGACUCAAAUCUUAACCCAGAUGUGUGUGUGCCCUGAUAAUCAAAAAAGAAAAAGAUCAGAGAAAUACAAAUGGUUUGAUGGACAGAAAUUUACAAAAUUUUUGGCAAGACUUCAGGACAUAACAUUAGCCAGAAUCCUUUCUGGUGAAACUGUUGAGGGUCCAAGGGAUGUCAGGGAAACAAUCCAAGGCCCUGAAUCUUGUUUUCAUAUAUUGUAUACCUUCAAAAAGGGASUAUCAAAUCAGUAUGUGCUUACCAAGUCUCAAGCGACAAGUCAAUAUCACCAAGAAACAACUGUAMAACCCAAUUAUUCAGGCGGAGGAUACUCAGAGUAUUCCACAUUUCCUGAAAAGCUGGUAGUCUUGAUAAGCCUUGAACCUAUUACUCUUGGUACUGARAUAUCACAGCAGCAGUUAACAUUAGCAAUGCUUAAAGAAAGAAAAGAGAAAAGCAAGUACUUCAAAUCAGCUGAUGGCWCUAAUCUGACUUCUUCAGCUGUCAAAAAGCAAGCAAAUCUACGAAGCAUAGUUAACAAAAUGAAAACAGCUACAGGGAAAGUUCACGAAGCCACAACUACUGAGAAACAAAAUAUUGCAAGCAAUWAUCAAUCAAAUGGUUUAUUAACAAAGACAAUAGAGAAUGAAUGUAAUAGUACAACAAUCCAUAGUGAAAGACUUUGYGAACAAGACAUWACUAUUCCAGAUGAUACUGRUACCAUUUCCAGGAAAAGAACAAGACAAGAUUCAGACAAUACAUGCUCAGAAARUCAGUCCACUGAGAAAGAUGAUUUUGUAAGYCCAAARAAACCAGUUYUGAGAACAAAGAGGCAAAAAAUUGUCCAUAAAGGUUUGAAGAAAGUUAGCAAAAAAACRKUGAAUGRCAAUUUGGUAAACACUGAUACAGUCAGUUCUGGUAUUUGCCCCUCUGUUGAUGAUACAAGGAAGAACAGUUCAGAUGAAAAGAGUUGUAUGGUUUCAACAACAUGCAGUGAAAAGAGUCAGGAAACAACAAGUGAAUUUAUAGACAAAGARACAGCUGUGGAARUAACRACAACACAGGAUAUUCCAGUUGUAGUUGUGCAUGAAAAAACAAAUGAUAAACAGCAUGAAACUAUCACUAUCAGGGAUGUUGUUCCCAGUUUUGAUAAUGUCAAGGAAGUGUUUGAUCUUACAAAUGAACAUAUCGAGUAUCUUAUUCARAAGCUUCAAAAGAAACUUAAAAACAUAUUCAAAGGAAAGGAAUACUGCAGAAGGCAUGAAGAUUACAAGAAAGGAGGACGUAGUAAAGGUGAUUUGGCAUUUCAAGUAAGAUUUGGAUUAUACUCCGAGGAUCAACAUGACACCAUCAUGCAAGAACUGAUGUCCAUCUUUUGUGCUAGGCAUAAUAAGUACAUUGAUUACCUGUCCAAAGUUCUUUUGCCUGAAACAUUUGUAUUAAUUUACCAAGAAGUGUUUGGAGGGAACCAUGAUGAGGUUGAAAGGAAACUGAUGGGCAUUGACAAGAAUGAAAAAGAUAACUCUGUCACAGAUGCAAGCUUAUUAUCAGAGUAAUUAACAUUAACUAAAGAGUAUAUUUUUGUAUUAUAACACAUUGAUUAUAUUUUAUUGGAAAUAUAAUUGCAAAUAUGUUGAAUAGGAAAGAAUUAUAAUAUAUUUGUGUACAAAAUUGAAUAAAAGUAUAUAUUCUCUGUUUACUUGAAUAAAUAGUAUCAAAUAAAUAUUAUUACUUUCAUUAUGAUUACAGACU